CGUGGUUCAGGUUCUCGGUUCUCUAGUCCCCACUAUUGUCAGCUGAUGCGAUUUAAUUCAGUUGUUUGUGAGUGUUGGUGAGGCCGGUUUGACGAUGAUAAGAUCAACAGUAUCACCUGUAGCUAACCUUCUACGAAGGAGCUAUUCCAACGUAGCACCUACCACAAAAUUAUUCGUCGAUGGAAAAUUCGUAGACUCAAAAACCACGGAAUGGAUCGACUUACAUGACCCAGCCACCAACAAUGUGGUCACCAAAGUUCCCAAGACCACACCUAGCGAAAUGGAAGCUGCUGUUGAAUCGUCGAAAAACGCCUUCAAGAGUUGGAGUCAAACGUCCGUUUUAACCAGGCAACAAUUGAUGUUAAAACUCCAAGCUGUCGUUAGAAGGGACCUCAAAAAAAUAGCACAGAACAUCACUUUGGAACAAGGAAAGACGUUGGUAGAUGCUGAGGGUGAUGUUACAAGAGGAUUACAGGUCAUUGAACACGCCUGUGCUGCCGGAACUCUCCUCCAAGGCGAAUCUCUCCAAAACAUCUCUAAGGAUAUGGAUGUAGUCUCGUAUAAACUUCCGUUAGGAGUAACAGCAGGUAUCUGCCCUUUCAAUUUCCCCGCUAUGGUACCUCUUUGGAUGAUACCUUUAGCUCUGAUUACUGGAAACACCAUGAUUAUGAAACCCUCAGAGCGGGAUCCUGGUGCGACCAUGUUAAUAGCUGAGCUCCUUAACGAAGUUGGAUGUCCACCAGGUGUAGUUAAUGUCAUUCAUGGAGCCCAUCAGGCAGUAGACUUCAUUUGCGAUAACAAAGAUAUCAAAGCGAUCAGCUUUGUCGGAUCUGAUGUAGCCGGAAAGUAUAUUUAUUCCAGAGGAACUGCCAAUGGAAAGAGAGUCCAGUCAAACAUGGGCGCUAAAAAUCAUGCUGUUAUUCUGCCAGAUGCUCACAAAGAAUCUGCAUUGGACCAAAUCGUCGGCGCAGCCUUCGGAGCAGCUGGACAAAGAUGUAUGGCUCUCAGCGUAGUAAUUUUGGUCGGCGAAGCUCAACAAUGGAUUCCUGACUUAGUUGCUAAAGCUAAACAACUGAAGGUAAAUGCUGGACAUGAACCAGGAACUGAUGUUGGACCUGUCAUCAGCCCUCAAGCUAAAGAAAGAAUCUUGCGAUUGGUAGCAAAAGGUAUUGAACAGGGUGCCAAAUGUGCAUUGGACGGAAGAAACAUCAAAGUAGAGAAAUAUCCAAACGGAAACUUCGUAGGUCCAACAAUCCUGACAGACGUCCAAACCAACCAAGAAUGUUACAAAGAAGAAUUAUUUGGGCCUGUUCUUUGUGUUAUGUCUGCAGACACCCUGGAUGAUGCUAUCAAAAUUAUUAACGCCAAUCCUUACGGAAACGGAACUGCCAUUAUGACAACCAACGGAAACCAUGCGAGACAGUUCGUACACGAAACCGAUGUUGGUCAGGUUGGAGUGAACGUACCCAUACCAGUUCCACUACCGAUGUUCAGUUUCACCGGAUCCAGAGGCAGUUUCCACGGAGAUCUCCACUUCUACGGCAAACAAGGAUUAAACUUCUACACUCAGACCAAGACUGUAACUUCUUUAUGGAGAAAAGGACAAGUAGACUCUAGACCAUCAGUCAACAUGCCUGUCCAGAGCUAAACAAGAUCAACGAUGAUAUUUUUAGCUGUAAGGUCCAGAGAAAUUUGUCAGAUUUAUAUAGGUAUGAUAAUAUGGACUCGAAAAUAUUGUCGCUGGUAGUUAAAGUUGGAAUCAGUUGGAUUAAGUUAGGUGAAUCCGGAUUAGGUGUUGCUGAUAUGUCUUUAAAAAAUACAGACCUUUAUAAAUCUGAUAAAUUAUGUAAAAGCAUUUCAGUUGUAAAUUAAGACCAAAGUAUUAAUUUUCUUAUCGCGUAAUUGUCUUUCCUACCAUCGAAAUUUCCUACCGAUGUAAAUAUGAUGCAAACUUAAUUUUUAUAAAUUUAUUCAGAAACCAUAUGAUAAUUUGCAUUUACAUAACUUUUUGUAUGUUACAGUGAUGUCUGAGUCACUAAACUUUCGUGUUUUAACGAUAAAAGCGCUGCAAAUGUUAUUUUGUAUUGUUUUAAAUAAAGUUACUCAAAA